ACGCUACAAUCAUGAAAUCGUUAUUUGAAGAUAGCUGCAUAUUUUGUCUGCAAGUGAGCAGCGAAAAUGCAAUCGAAAAAGUAUCAUAUGAAAGGUUCAAAGAAGCAAUCGAUUUUGUGUUUACGUUUAAGAUUCUGCCCGGAUUGGGUGACGACAGAAGAAAAGUAUGCCACAGUUGUGUAGACUGUAUCAUGGAAUUUUACGACUACGCUACGCAAGUGAAAAAAAAUCAAGAAGCUAUCAACAGAAUCGUUUCGGAAAGCGAAGAGCAAGUUGUGGAGAAUAACGAAUGUUCAACUAACGUUGAACCACCACAAACAAUAACAGAUUCCAGUAGUCCAGUUAUCAGAAUUUCAGAUAAAUCUGACUCGGAUUGUGAUGAUCCUGUGGCAAUUUCCAAUGAUGAAUUGAAUGCAGAAAAAAGUUCACACUCAACCAAAUCGCAUACCGAUGCUAGCAAACAAAAUGUAACAGAAACAUUUAGUUGUCCCCGAUGCAACGAAUCAUUCAGAUUGAAAAGUUUUCUAACGAAACAUAUGAAAAGACACGUGGAUUGUUCAACUUGUGGAAUUUCUUUCACCAACAGAGCUUUGAUGCGCGAGCAUAUGCGUGAAACGCAUAGCUCAGAUAAAAUAGUCAUUUGCGAAAUUUGUGGAAAACAGUUUAGAAGCAAGAAAAUUUUAAAACAACAUAUGGAAGCCUUUCAUAUUGUAAAGCCAGUUGAAAUUUUGGAGUGUGAAUUCUGUAACAAAAAAUUUAACCAAUCAGCAACACUGCGAUCCCACGUGAAGGCGAUUCACACAGAGGCUGGACGCUCUUUUGCUUGCGAUAAAUGCCCUAAGGUUUUUCCUAACAGCCGGGGGUUGCGUUCGCACAAAAUUCAGUAUCACGUGGAAUGUAGGUACUGCUGCAGCAUCUGCCAGAAGCAAUUUAAACACGACAGAAAUUACAAAGAACACAUGGCCGCCCACACGGGCAUUACACUAUACGAGUGCGACGUUUGUGGACAUGGGUUUAACUCGAAUGCCAAUAUGUACGUACAUAGAAAGCGCAAACAUCCCGUCGAAUGGAAGGAAAAGAAGACGAAGCGACUCAUCAGCAAACAGAUAAACGAAUUAUCUGUCUAGAACACAGAAACUUGAAAACU